GCGUCCCCGUCCCCGGGAAGGCGGCGAGGCGAGGCGGGCUGCUGGGGCGGCAGGCCAGCCUCGGUGCGGGAGCUUCGCGCGGGGCGCAGGAUGGGCGACGCGCGGCUGCGCCCGGGACGGCUUUCGCCGCCGCCGGCGCUGCUGCUGCUGCUGGCGCUGCCCGGGCUGUGCGGCGGCGCCAUGGACGAGUGCGCGGACGAGCAGAGCGGGCGGCCGCAGCGCUGCAUGCCCGAGUUCGUCAACGCCGCCUUCAACGCCACCGUGGUGGCCACCAACACGUGCGGCAGCCCGGCCGAGGAGUACUGCGUGCAGACCGGCGUCACCGGCGUCACCAAGUCGUGCCACCUGUGCGACGCCUCGCAGCCUCACCUGCAGCACGGCGCCGUCUUCCUGACCGACUACAACAACCAGGCCGACACCACCUGGUGGCAGAGCCAGACCAUGCUCGCCGGCGUACAGUACCCCAACACCAUCAACCUCACCCUGCAUCUUGGAAAGGCCUUUGAUAUUACAUACGUACGCCUGAAAUUCCACACCAGCCGGCCAGAGAGCUUUGUCAUCUACAAGCGAACUCGGGAAGACGGCCCAUGGGUGCCUUAUCAGUACUACAGCGGAUCCUGUGAGAAAACCUACCAGAAACCCAAUCGGGGCUUUAUCAGGACCGGAGAGGAUGAGCAGCAGGCCCUUUGCACCGAUGAAUUCAGUGACAUCUCUCCGCUCACGGGAGGGAAUGUGGCAUUUUCAACGCUGGAGGGGAGGCCCAGUGCUUAUAACUUUGACAACAGUCCUGUCCUGCAGGAAUGGGUGACAGCCACUGACAUCCGAGUGAGCCUCAAUCGCCUGAACACCUUUGGAGAUGAAGUUUUUAAUGAUCCCAAAGUCCUCAAGUCCUAUUAUUAUGCAAUUUCUGACUUUGCUGUGGGUGGUAGGUGCAAAUGCAACGGCCACGCCAGCGAGUGUGCGCAGAACGAGUACGGGAAGCUUUCCUGCAGUUGCAGGCACAACACCUUUGGGGUCGACUGCGAGAAAUGCCUCCCUUUCUACAACGACCGGCCUUGGCGAAGAGCAACGGCGGACAGUGCCAACGAGUGUUUGCCCUGCAAUUGCAACGGCCGAUCGCAGGAGUGCUACUUCGAUCCGGAGCUGUACCGCUCCACGGGCCACGGCGGCCAUUGCACGGGCUGCUACGGCAACACCGACGGGCCGAGCUGCGAGAGGUGCCGAGAGAACUUCUACCGCCUCGGAAGCGAGGAAUCCUGCCUGCCCUGCAACUGCAACCCCAUCGGUUCCCUCAGCACUCAGUGUGACAACUACGGACGGUGCAGUUGCAAGCCCGGUGUGAUGGGCGACAAAUGUGACCGGUGCCAGCCUGGCUUCCACUCUCUCACUGAGGCCGGUUGCAGGCGGUGUUCCUGCAAUCCCGCCGGGAGCACGGACGAGUGCAACACGGAAACGGGCCGUUGCACCUGCAAAGAAAACGUAGAGGGAUUCAACUGCGAGAGGUGCAAACCGGGCUUCUUUAACCUGGACUCUGCCAGCCCUAGAGGAUGUACUCCUUGCUUCUGCUUCGGGCAUUCAUCCGUUUGUUCCAAUGCUGUUGGAUACAGUAUCGCCAGAAUUACCUCUAGCUUCCAAAUCGGAGAAGAAGCCUGGCACGCCGAACAACGAGAUGGCUCCGAAGUUGCAGUGCAGUGGCGCACCGAGACGCAAGAAAUAUCUGUCAUCUCAGAAGCACCUUUUCCCAUCUACUUCGUUGCACCAGGCAAAUUCCUUGGGAACCAAGUCUUGAGUUACGGCCAGAACUUGACGUUCUCUUUCCGGGUCGACAGGCGGGACACGCGCCUUUCGGCUGAGGACAUAGUUCUCGAAGGGGCAGGGCUAAGAGUUUCUGUCCCUCUCAUUGCCCAAGGCAAUGCUUAUCCGAGUGAGAACACGCUGACAUAUUCCUUCAGGCUCCAUGAAGCAACGGAUUAUCCCUGGAGGCCGGCUCUUACGCCUUUCGAGUUCCAGAAGCUGCUGCACAAUUUAACUGCUAUCAAAAUCCGUGGCACCUACAGCGAGAGGAAUGCGGGAUAUUUGGAUGACGUCACGAUCGUGAGUGCUCAGCCCGGACCUGGAAUCCCGGCAACGUGGGUCGAGAGCUGCACGUGUCCCACAGGAUACUUGGGGCAGUUCUGCGAACGGUGCGCCCAGGGCUACAAGAGGGAGAACCCCCGUCUGGGGCCGUACAGCCCGUGCGUGCCGUGCUUCUGCAAUGGGCACAGUGAAACCUGCGACCCCGAAUCCGGAGCCUGCGACUGCAGGGACAACACGGCCGGUCCCCACUGCGAGAAGUGCAGUGACGGCUAUUACGGGGAUGCCACCACGGGGACCUCUUCUGAUUGCCAGCCUUGCCCAUGCCCAGGGGGCUCGGCCUGCGCCGUAGUACCGAAAACCAAGGAGGUGGUCUGCACCAGUUGUCCAGCUGGUACCACAGGUAAACGGUGUGAGCUGUGCGAUGAUGGCUACUUCGGGGACCCCCAGGGCACGAGCGGUCCUGCCAGGCUGUGCCGCCUCUGCCAGUGCAGCGACAACAUCGACCCCAACGCCGUGGGCAACUGCAACCGCUUGACGGGCGAGUGCCUGAAGUGCAUCUAUAACACAGCUGGGUUUUACUGUGACCGGUGCAAAGAUGGAUUCUUUGGCAAUCCCUUAGCUCAGAAUCCGGAGGACAAGUGCAGAGCUUGCAAUUGUAAUCCGUAUGGCACAAUGAACCUACAGACAAGCUGCAACCAAGUAACAGGGCAGUGUGAAUGUCUCUCACAUGUCAUGGAGAGGGACUGCAGCUCCUGCGAGCCAGGCUUCUACAACAUGCAUAGUGGACGUGGCUGUGAAAGGUGUGACUGCCAUCCACUGGGUUCCACUAAUGGCCACUGCGACGUGCGGACUGGGCAGUGCGAGUGCCAGCCAGGCAUCACCGGCCAGCGUUGCGAGAGGUGUGAAGCCAACCAUUUUGGAUUUGGCCCUGAAGGCUGCAAACCUUGUGACUGUGACCCAGAAGGCUCUCGCUCUCUCCAGUGCAAAGAAGACGGCCGUUGCGAGUGUAAAGAAGGCUUUGUGGGUAACCGCUGCGACCAGUGUGAGGAGAACUAUUUCUACAACCGGUCCUGGCCAGGAUGCCAGGAGUGUCCUGCGUGUUACAGACUGGUGAAAGAUCAGGUGGCAGAACAACGGGAGAAAUUGAAGGAGCUGGAAAAUCUUAUAGCCAACCUAGGAACAGGUGAUGAAACUAUAACUGAUCAGGCUUUCGAAGACCGGCUGAAAGAAGCCGAGAGAGAAGUCAUGGACUUGCUUCGGGAAGCGCAAAGCAUCAAAGAUGAAGAUCAGAGCUUGAUGGAUCGCCUUCAGGAGAUCAACAGAACACUGUCUAGCCAACUUGGCCGGUUGAGGAACAUCCAGAACACUGUGGAAGAGACAGACGACCUUGCGAAGCGGGCCCAAGACCGCGUGGACAACACACAGCAGCUGAUUGAUGAGGCCUCGGAUAUGCUGCGGAGAGCGAGGGUGGCUGUGGCCAAUGUGUCCAUCACUCCUCCAGAGUCGACCAGCGACCCGAACAACAUGACCCUGCUGGCCGAAGAGGCCCGUCAGCUGGCUGCACGCCACAAACAAGAAGCCGACGACAUCGUGCGUAUCGCUAAAGAAGCUAACGAUACGUCGGCACAAGCCUAUAAGCUGCUCUUGGACACGCUGGCGGGGGAGAACCAAACAAUGCAUGACAUCGGCGACCUUAAUAAAAAGUAUAACCAAGCUAAGAACAUUUCCCGAGAUCUGGAAAGGCAGGCGAACAAGGUCCAUAUGGAAGCGGAGGAGGCUGGCAACAAGGCCCUGCAAAUCUAUGCCAACCUCACAAGCCUACCAACAAUAGAUUCUGAGGCUCUGGAGAACGAGGCAAAUAAAAUCAAGAAGGAAGCCAGGGAUCUGGAUCAGCUGAUCAACCGGAAGCUGAAGGAUUAUGAGGAUCUGAGAGAAGACAUGAAAGGGAAAGAACUGGAAGUGCAAAACCUUUUGGAGAAAGGCAAGACUGAACAGCAGACGGCCGAUCAGCUCUUGGCUCGGGCAGACGCUGCCAAGGCACUGGCCGAAGAGGCUGCCGAAAAGGGGAAGAACACGCUCAAGGAGGCCAACGACAUUCUCAACAAUCUGAAAGACUUCGAUAAGCGUGUGAAUGAUAACAAAACCGCGGCUGAGGAUGCGCUAAGGAAAAUCCCUGCUAUUACCCAGACCAUCCUGGAAGCCAACAACAAGACCCGCCAGGCAGAACUGGCACUGGGCAGUGCCGCUCUCGAUGCCAAGGAAGCCAAGAAGAGGGCUUCUGACGCCGAGACCAUCGCCAAUUCUGUGAAGAAGAAUGCCGCUGAGACAAAGGCCGAGGCUGACAAGACCUUUUCUACUGUUGCGAAACUGGAUGAAGACAUGGACGACAUGUUGCGUCAGCUGGAAGAAGCGGAGAAAGAUCUGAAGAGGAAGCAAGAAAGUGCCGAUCAAGAUAUGAUGAUGGCAGGGAUGGCUUCACAAGCAGCUCAGGAAGCAGAAGAUAAUGCCAGAAAAGCAAAGAACUCUGUUAACAGUUUGCUCAGUAUGAUAAAUGACCUGCUUGAUAAGCUAGGUCGUGUGGAGCCCGUGGACUUGAGCAAACUGAAUGAGAUUGAGGACACCUUGAAUACGGCCAAAAAGCAGAUGAGAGACAACGAUCUGGACCGGAAAGUGGCUGAUCUAGAGAAGGCGGCCAAAAAGCAAGCCAGUGCCAUUAAUGAGUACAACAGGGACAUUAGCACCAUCUUGAAAGACAUUAGCAAUCUAGAAGACAUCAAGAAGACCUUGCCGAGCGGCUGUUUCAACACCCCGUCCAUUGAAAAGCCCUAAGGGUGUGUUUCGAGCAGGGGGCCUUCCCUCAGUGACUGGUGGAGCGGUUCUUUUGGCUGUGGAGUGCCUUAAUUCCUAGAUUCCAUCCUUCGGGACCCCCUCAGCUCACCUCCCACACAGCUCUCAGUUGCUCUUUCUUUCCCUGUUUGGAGUGGGGGGUAGGAAUACACAUUUUUCAGUGGAAGGCAAAAUAAAUAUCGGCCUCUGGGACAUGGAAACGACUUAAAUACAUAGAAUCUGUGCACGCUGUUGUUCAAACACUCCACCUUCUUUCCCCUCUCAGAAAACACUUCUCUUUCAUUUACGCGAUGAUGUGAAAUAUUAUGGACUGUUGUACGGAACGGCAGGAAUGGCCAUGGGAACUGAUGUUUGGGGUGGGAGGACAGGUGUGGAAAUCACAGGCUUUUCCCUGAACCCCUUCUCCACUCCUGUAUGUGUCUCCCGAACCCCAAUUCUGUGCUCUUUUUUUCUAUGAAGGAAAAGGUUUGGCUACUGAAGUAUUAACUAGUAACAGCUAGGAUGGCCGCGCUUUUUUAGAAACACUGAUGGCUUCAGAAAAACCAGGGCAAAAAGCCAACCCCAUCCAUAGAGGAGUGGCUAGUCAAACCCCCACUUUGGGAGCCAGCUUCCUGUUUUUAAAAACCUUUCUACAGUGCAAUAUGUACGUGUAUUUCCUGUUCCUGAGAGACGGCUUCUCAGACACAGUUUUGGGGAAUCAUGAGGAAAGAAUGGUGUGCUAAUGUCUCCAUGGUGCUAUAGCCUGGUCCAUAGCACAGGCAUGGUCUUGAGCCUGUGAGAACAUUUUAAUUCUUGUUGCUGGAAGAAUCCAUCUCAAAGAGAGAUUUUCCAAAGGCAGCUGGAUUAAUAUGGACAAAUUUGUUCUUUCAAGCAAAUCAACACGUAGAAGCUUCUUUUUCGGAAGAAUGAAAUCCAUCAACCAGACAGAGCUUUGUUUGCCAGGCUUGCCUGUGAAAUUUGAAGACUGCAAAAUUUUAUUCGGAAGAGUUGUUUUUCAACAGCUUGUGAGGCCGGUGCAAGUCUGCUCUAAGUUGGAUCUUCUUGUGGUUUCCCUCUUUUCUGGAAGAGGGCACUUCUCAAGUAAUACUUACCCAAUUUUCUGGCAAAAAAAAUAAGUACAUGAAAAUUGGCUAAAUUAUAGGGACAAAUAAUUCCAGGAGUUUGCAGUAUUUUACAAACUGAGUGGCUGUCUGCUCAGUAUUAAUUUCUGCCCUAUCCAAAAUCUCCCCCUCCUGCUUUGCUUAAGCUGCCUUGUAGGGAGAAGAUAGUUCUCAGCACAGCCUUCAUUUCCAGCCCUUUUCCCACUUACUCUCGAGCAAAAGGAAACUCCCCACCUCCAGUUUCCUCCUUAAAAUUAGUCUGCUGUUUCCACCCUCUCCCCGCCUUUUGAAACCCUUUGUACAGCCUACCCUUAAACACUAUGCAACUUCGUACAUUUGCGUAGAGGGGAAGAAAUUUAUUAACUGACACACACUGGUGCUAUUAAUUAUUUCAAAUUUAUAUUUUUGUGCGAAUGUGUUUUUUGUCUUUUUUAAAAUGAUUAUAGUGUAAGGAAAAGUCUGUUUCUCCCACCCAAGCCCCCUGUAAAUACGCUUGGCCUCGUUUCCAGAGUGACACUGUUCUCCUCUUAGCUUUCUCUUAAGCACCACACCACACGCAUCCGGUCCUCCUUCAGUUUGUUAUUUCUUGUUGGUAUGGGCAGCCCGGUAUUUUCUCUGCCCAGACCUGCCCCUUUGCAGUCCCAUGCUGGUAGCUAAUAAUAUCCUGUGGUAUUAACUUCAAGCUUCUUGCCCUGCAUUUUCAACCGAGGGUCAAGUUGCCUGCCUCCUUUUCUAAAGCCAACACUGAUGCCCAAAGGAGUCGCAGAGCUUAUGAAAAACUAACUUUCUUUGGGUCUUUCCAGGCAACAUUCCCCCCCCUGAAAUUCCGCCUCAGGUCAAAUGGAGAGAAGGUCUCGGAGGCGUGUGCUUCCCUCCUGCUUCCUUCACCACGAGCAGAAGAAAAUUGGAGAGCCGGGAGAUGAUGCAUUUGGAAUAAAUGUGGCGUUUCCCCCAGUGGACUCCCACCUGGAGGGUGGGAGAGUGUCCCAAGACCUGGAGCUCAGUCCCGGGUUCAUCCUGAGCACUAAGCAUCAUCUCGCCUGGCCCUUUGUUCCUGGUUUGCAGACGUUGCCUUUGAGCUCAGAGUUUUAUCCAUGGCUAUGGACUCCUCGCUCGCCUCAUCAGGAACGGUAGCGCCAGCCUAGAUUUCACUGAGGUUGUGAACCUGUACCUAGGCCCAUCCUGUUUCUCCCUGGACAAAAAUACUCUCCACGUAGAAAGCUAGUCUGCAAGGGAAACGGCUACUCCAAGCCCUCCCUCUCUCUCCAAUGAGCCAAGUUUCUGUGUGGAGGCGAAGACGGGAGAUUCAGUCCCACCAACGCCUCCAUCAGCAGCCAGCUGAAGUGUUACCACGAAGGUCCUUGCUACCUCAGUGAGAACUAGACCAUUAUUUUAUGUCCAGUAGCAGGUCUAUGGACUCGGAACUGUGGCUUUCCUAUCCAUACCACUGUAUGAAGAAGAAGGAAUACUGGGGAUGUAGUUUUUAUAUGGUAUGAGCCCACAGUAGCCCAGGACCAGAGAGAAGAUGUGGCCAGAUUUUCAUUUCCCUCCUGCCCAAGUGGCUUCUUCACAGUUUACAUAAAACCGGAGUGCCUGCAUACAGACGAGGCAAAUGGCCCUUUUCCUGACUCUUGACAUCACUGUUUUUGUCUGCUGAAGACAAGUUAGAUGGGCUGCAUUCUGACCUUUUUCUCUCUACUGAACAAAAGAGAACAAUACCCCAAGUUGUGUACUUCUGGCCUCUUCCCCGCCUUUCUAAUAUUUUCCCCUUAAAAAAAACCCCCUGGUUUUAAGUAACAGAUUUUUUAUUUUUAAAUGAAUGAAUAAAGACCUUUAUAAGAAUCCUCUUAAUUAAAUACUGUGUUAACAGCCAUUAUCGCAUUUGUAUAGGUCCAAGUUAUUUCUUUGCAUAACAAAACGAUGCAACAGCUGCUCACAGAAAGAUGCAACCAGGAAGCCACAGGAAACAACUGUUGAAGAAUUUCCCUCGUUUUCCUGAACCGUGAGCACCUCUGCCUGUGCCUCCACUCCAGUUUUUGCCUUAAAUCUUGUGGUCUUGCUGUCUGGGAGCAGUGAACAAAAUCAACGAAAAGGCAACACUUGGCAGUUUUAUGUAUAAAACAGUAUUUCUUAUUUAUAAUAAAAGUCUGAAUAUUUGUAACCCCUCA